CACAAAACAAAUAAUUGACGCUGUUGCCGUGUAUACUACGCGGUUAUUUAGUUUGGUUUUUAUCAUAUAAUACAUCUCUUUCAUCAAACCAAACGAAAUCGUUCAAUUGCUCAAUAAUGACGCAAACACUUGUUCAAUCGGAACGAGUUGCUUCGGCUGCUUUGUUGAGACCAUUGCCUAAACAUUGGCACAUGUAUGUUUGGCCGUUUGUCAGCAUGUUUUACCCUGUUUUUAUUUAUGUAUACUUCUUUAAAUAUGAUGUUUAUCUUGGAUCUGAAGAAUGGACUUUUGUUUCACUUGGUAGUAUCCUUACUUUACAUGUUUUAACAUUUUUAGCAUGUCAAUGGAGUGUUAAUAUAAAAGCCCUUUUCACUUGUGUCAAGGAACCUAAUGUACACAAAGCUACCAUCAUUAAGAUUGUUCCUUUCCGUUACCAAGGAAAAGGUACACUUAUUCCACUUGAACAUAGCAAGAACAUUGACACAAAUGAGGAUGAAAUCUCUUUUCUAUUCCAACAAAAGAAAUUUAUCUGGAAUCCUGACAAAAAACAAUUUCAACAACUUCUUUAUCCCUCUGAUGUUAAUCGUAUUGUCGGUUUUUAUCAAAGUACAAAGGGUUUAACUACUAAGAAAGAAAUCGAAUCUCUUAGUCAUUCUUAUGGCAUGAAUAAAUUUGAUAUUCCUUUACCUACAUUUAUAGAACUAUUCAAGGAACACGCUGUUGCUCCUUUUUUUGUUUUUCAAAUAUUUUGUGUUGGGCUUUGGUGUUUAGAUGAAUAUUGGUACUAUUCUCUAUUUACUCUUUUUAUGUUGGUUGUGUUUGAGUGUACAGUCGUUUAUCAACGUCUUCGCACUAUUGGUGAAUUCCGUGGUAUGAAUCAAAAGCCAUAUCCUAUCUAUGUUAAAAGAGAAAAGAAAUGGAUCGAAAUUCAAAGUGACGAAUUAUUACCUGGUGAUGUUGUUUCUAUCACUCGUACUAAAGAAGAACAAGGUGUUCCUUGUGAUUUGGUUAUUGCAGAUGGCUCCUGUAUUGUAAAUGAAGCCAUGUUAUCUGGUGAAUCAACACCUUUAUUAAAAGAAUCUGUUGCUCUUAGAAGCCCUGAGGAGGAAUUUGAUUUGGUUUCUGCAGAUCGAUUAAAUGUGCUUUAUGGUGGUACGAAGGUACUUCAGGUCACUCCACCUAAACAUGAGGCUCCACCAGAUGAGGGUUGUGUUUGUGUUGUUGCUCGUACUGGUUUUGGAACAUCCCAAGGUGAACUAGUUCGUACUAUGAUUUUUUCAACUGAACGUGUUUCUGCUAAUAAUUUUGAAGCCUUAUUAUUUAUUCUCUUCUUAUUGAUAUUUGCUAUUGCUGCUUCUGCCUAUGUAUGGGAAGAAGGUGUUAAGAAUGAUCGUAAAAAGUCAAAACUUUUAUUGGAUUGUAUUUUGAUUAUUACAUCUGUUGUACCUCCUGAAUUACCUAUGGAGUUGAGUUUAGCCGUUAACAGCAGUUUAGUUGCUCUUUCUAAGUUUGCUAUCUAUUGUACUGAACCCUUCCGUAUUCCUUAUGCUGGUCGUGUUGACGUUUGUUGUUUUGAUAAGACAGGUACUUUAACUGGUGAAGAUCUCGUUUUUGAAGGCGUUGCUUAUGCUGAUAAAAGCAAACCUUUAACCGAACUCUCAAAAGCCACUGAGGUUCCUGAUUUUACCAAGUGGGUUUUAGCCAGUGCGCAUGCUUUAGUUCAACUUGAAGAUGGAGUUGUAGGCGAUCCUAUGGAAAAGGAAACCCUUAAAGCUCUUAAUUGGGAAUUAGGAUCUAAUGAUGUUGUUACUCCUAAAGGAGAAAAGCGUAGUCAUAAUUUACAUAUUCGUCGUCGUUAUCAAUUCUCUUCAGCUUUGAAACGUCAAUCUUCCGUUUCAACUUUAACACAUCCCUCUAUAAAUGGACAAAAGACCUUUAUUGCCGUCAAAGGCGCUCCUGAAACGCUCAAGACGAUGUAUACACAUAUUCCUAAAGAUUAUGUUGAAACUUAUCGUCAUUUUACGCGUAAAGGUAGCAGAGUUUUGGCACUUGGCUAUAAAAUGUUGGAUCAUCAGUUAACUGCUAACCAAAUUAAUGACCUGCCUCGUGAGUCAGUUGAAUGUGACCUUACUUUUGCCGGUUUUAUUGUCUUUACCUGUCCUUUGAAGGAAGAUGCUAUUGCUGCCUUAAAGGAAUUAAAUGAAUCUUCACACAGAUGUAUUAUGAUUACUGGUGACAAUCCAUUGACCGCCUGUGCAGUAGCUCGUGAAGUAGGCAUUAUUGAACGUGAUGUUUUGAUUGUAGAUAGAGACGAAACACGUAAGGACAAUCAAAUUGUAUUCCACAGUGUAGAUGAAUCUUAUCGUGUUGAAUUUGAUCCUUCUGAGCCUUUGGAUCAAGCCCUUUUGGAUAAGUAUGAUAUUUGUUUAACCGGUUUUGCCAUGAGUCAAUUUAUGCUUCAUAAGGAAAAUAUGAACAAAAUCCUUGAGCACACUUGGGUUUAUGCACGUGUAUCUCCUUCUCAAAAGGAAUAUCUUUUGACAGGAUUAAAAAAUUUAGGCUAUACUACAUUAAUGGCUGGUGAUGGUACAAAUGAUGUUGGCGCCUUGAAGCAAGCACAUGUUGGUGUGGCACUUUUGGAUGGAACUCCUGAAGAUCUCCAAAAGAUCGCUGAACGUCAACGUAUUGAACGUAUGAAGGCCAUGUAUGAACAACAAAAGAGUAUUUCUGCUCGUUUUAAUCAGCCACCUCCUCCACCUCCUCCUGCUAUUGCUCAUCUUUAUCCUGAAUUCGUUGCUCAAUCUGCUCAACAACAGAAUCAGAAUUUAACACCUGCUCAAAGAAGACAAUUGGAGCAAAAGAAAAAGAUAGAAGAAGCUACACAAAAGAUGUUGGAAGGUAUGGAUAUGGAAGAGCCCCCUACUAUUAAAUUCGGUGAUGCUUCAGUUGCUGCACCUUUCACUUCUAAACUUCGUAAUGUGACUUCAAUCAACAACAUCAUUCGUCAAGGUCGUUGUACACUUGUAGCAACAAUUCAAAUGUACAAAAUUCUAGCUUUAAAUUGUUUAAUUUCUGCUUAUAGUUUAUCUGUUUUGUAUCUGGAUGGUAUUAAAUUUGGCGAUCUUCAAGUGACGAUUUCUGGUAUGUUAAUGGCUGUUUGUUUCCUUUGUAUUUCUCGAGGUAAACCACUCCAGAAAUUAUCUAAAGAACGCCCUCAGCCAAACAUCUUUAAUCCUUACAUUAUUCUAUCUGUCAUGGGACAAUUCGCUAUUCAUAUUAUUGCUUUGAUUUAUAUUAAUGGUCUUGCUAAAUCUCUUGAACCACCAAAGGAAGUUGAUUUGGAGGGUGAAUUUGAGCCUAGUUUAUUAAAUAGUGCUGUUUAUCUUAUUCAAUUAUCUAUGCAAGUAUCUACCUUUGCUAUCAACUAUCAAGGUUAUCCUUUCCGUGAACGUAUUCAAGAUAAUAAGGCCUUAUAUUAUGGUUUAAUGUCUGUCGGUGGUGUUGCCUUAGCUGGUGCUACUGAGUUAUGGCCAGAGGUCAAUGAUCAACUUAAGCUUGUUCGAUUCCCUGGAACGUUCCGUUAUAAGUUAACGCUCUGUAUGAUUCUUGACUUUGGUAUUGCUUAUGGUAUUGAGAAGAUAACAAAGUUUUUAUUUGCUGAUAACCGUGCCAAACCAAUUGCCCGAAGAGAUUGAAGAGAAUGGGUUUGAUACAUUUCUUAUAUAUGUAUUUGUUAGAUAUUAUAUAAAAUAAAAUAAAAUAUAAUAAGAUAAAAUAAAUUG